UUCAAGCAUUCGGAUCCCCAGUAGGAGAUUGGGACUAUCUGUAAUCUGACGCGUAAACAUCCUUCAGACUUCUGGUUUGCUUUAUAUCGUCCGGACUAUACUUUUUUUACCCCCCUCCGGCUUAGCAAGACUUUGGAGAAGUGGACUGGUUCCUGCCAACAAAUUCCACCUUAUCUGUCGGCUCUGAAUUAUAUAUAUAUAAAAAAUAAUAAUAAUAAUUAUUGCAUUUGUGUGAAUUUGUUGGUGCAGAUCCUUUCGGAUGUUUUAAGGAUCCGGCAAGCUGUAUAUGGAAGUUGUGGGGUGCAAGGUGAAAGAAAGCAGUUGCACAUUGCGUCCAGCAGCCAUGCUUUUCCACGGCAUCUCUGGGGAUCAUAUUCAAGGGAUCAUGGAGGAGAUGGAGAGGAGAUCUAAAACGGAGUCUCGUCUGGCUAAAACCGUACAGAUGAACGGGCGAGAGACGACGAUGCCCUCCAUGAGUCCAGAGAAGCCUGCCUUGUGCGCCGGCUGCGGUGGCAAAAUCUCCGACAGAUACUACUUACUCGCCGUUGAUAAACAGUGGCAUUUACGGUGUCUAAAGUGUUGUGAAUGUAAACUGGCCCUCGAGUCCGAGCUGACGUGUUUCGCAAAGGAUGGCAGCAUUUACUGCAAAGAGGAUUACUACAGAAGGUUCUCUGUGCAGAGAUGUGCCCGCUGCCACCUCGGGAUCUCUGCUUCGGAAAUGGUGAUGCGUGCCAGGGACUCCGUGUACCAUCUGAGCUGCUUCACCUGCACCACAUGCAACAAAACACUGACCACGGGCGACCAUUUCGGCAUGAAAAACAACUUAGUUUACUGCCGGGUUCACUUCGAGACCCUUAUUCAGGGAGAGUAUCACCCUCAAUUAAACUACGCUGAAUUAGCGUCCAAAGGCGGAGGGCUUGCGCUGCCUUACUUCAAUGGCACCGGCACAGUGCAGAAAGGAAGACCUCGGAAGAGAAAGAGUCCAGCAAUGGGGAUAGAUAUCGGCAGUUACAACUCAGGUUGUAAUGAAAACGAAGCAGACCAUUUGGAUCGGGAUCAACAGCCCUACACUCCUUCCCAGAAAACCAAACGCAUGCGUACAUCAUUUAAACACCAUCAGCUUCGCACCAUGAAGUCCUACUUUGCCAUAAACCACAACCCUGACGCCAAGGACUUAAAACAACUUGCCCAAAAGACAGGCCUGACCAAGAGAGUUCUUCAGGUUUGGUUCCAAAAUGCACGGGCCAAAUUCAGAAGGAACGUUUUGCGGCAGGAGAAUGGGGGUGUUGAUAAGGCUGACGGCACGUCACUUCCACCACCCUCUUCCGACAGCGGUGCUCUGACCCCACCCAGCACGGCCACCACACUAACUGACCUGACAAAUCCCUCUAUCACCGUAGUAACAUCAGUGACCUCUAGUUUGGACAGCCACGAAUCUGGGAGUCCCCCACAAACUACCUUGACAAACCUUUUCUAACACGGAUUUGUCUUUUAUCCCCCUUUAAUUUCAGAUGUUUUUUUUUUAUUAUUUUUUUUUUUUUGCUCUUUACAAAAAACACCCUUCGGCAACCAGAAACAGACCUUUGGAAAAUAAUAUAAACAAAAACGAAUGACAAGAAGACCUACUAAAUUUGUAGCAUUUGCAACCACGUGGCAGCUGAGUUUGUAGUACUUGUCAAUUAUUUGUUUUUGUGUUAACACUUUUAGAUCUGAGCAGUGCUGUAAAUUUGCACAGUGAGCACUUAUACAGCUGAUAUUCAGAGUUUGUGAGUUUUUUUUACUUCUCUAAAAAACAAAAAACACAAUUAUAAUGUGAUUUUCAGUUUUCCGUAACACAUUAAAGGAAUGUUCUUUAAGUUAGGCUCAAUCGACAGCAUUUGUGACAUAAUGUUGAUUACCACAAAAAAAUAAUUUCGACUCGUCCCUCCUUUUCUUGGCACUUGGUACAGUGUGACACUUACAAUGGAAGUGAAUGGGGCCAGUUCGUAAAUAGUAAAAUACUCACUAUUUCAAAAGUAUAGCCACAAGACAUAAACAAUAUGCAUGUAAACAUGAUUUUAGUGUGAUAAAAUUGCUGACUUACCUUUACUAAUAACAUUAUAUCCAAUUUUACAACUUUGUUGCCAUGACGUCGUAACUCCAUAAAGCCUAGUACCCUAAAAUGACGAUUUAAACAAUUGUAUAGCUAAAAUAAUAUGCACCUUUUAACAGAAUAAUUAAUGUAUGGGCUUUUAUAAAACGAUAAGCUUCACAUUUCUGUCUGUAAACCCUCCAAAAAUUGGCCCCAUUCACUUCCAUUGUAAGUGCCUCACUGUCACUUCGAUUUUUCAUUUUUUCAAGAAAAGGAGGGAUGAGUCGAAAUAAUUUUUUGUGGUAAUCAACAUUAUGCCAUAAAUGCUGUCGAAUGAGCAUAACUUGUAUUGAAUCAAAAAUAUUCCUUUAAGGAACCACCAGAUAUACUAAAAAAUGUACACACAGUACAUAAGCAUACAUGCAUUUCUAGUAUAGAAACUGAAAUAUAAUUUAAGCAAAACAAAUUUCGUAUUUCAAAAACGAAUUCCAGAUUUGAAGAUAUUUUGAAUUAAACUAUUAACUACAGUGUCUUGCAUUCUGCAGGAUUUAACAGAAUUCCAUUUUUUUGAAUAGGGAAUGUUUUAGGUUCUAGCACACAGAGAUCAUUCUAGACUUUUUAUAUCAUAGUAGCCCUCAAGUCAGAACUCAAAUGCCAGGUGGAUGCUGUGACCUCACUUUAGGUGCAUUCUGUCACUGAGAAUAGAUUGCAGUGAAUGACUGAGUGAUAGCUGUUCAAAAUAUUACCAGCGAAUCUUACCACAAAGUGGUGAAAAAUCAAUUCUGUAGAUUCUAUUUUCAAGGAUAAGCAAAUAAAUGCUCAUUGACAAUAUGGAAACCCAGUAAUAUGCAUAUGACUGUGAUUUGGGAAUGCUAAGCUCUUAUUGAUCUUAUAAAUUUGGAAAAUUCAGAAUUCAGGCUAAUUAGAGGAGGAAAAAUCAGUCACUUAUUCCCCCCCGCCCCACUCAAUAUUAAAGCAUAUGCUUUUUUUAUUCUUUAAACAGACCCUUGCCACUGAACAGACCAAAAAAACAUAUUUAUUGUGGGCUUGGAGGCUCAAGUGCAGGACAGUUUAAGAUUGGCCGGGCCCUUUGCUAGGGUGUAACAUGUCCUUGUGUGAUGACAAAUUUGUUCUGUUGUAGAACAAAGUGGUACACUAGAUCUACAUCAUGAAGUAGAUGCUUAACUCAGUUCUACUAUGUGCCUUAUGCGAUAGCUUGGAGAGAGUUUGUGAAAUUCAGGAGAUACAUGUUUGUUUGUUCAAUGAUUUACAUCCUUGGAACUAGUUUUGUACUGUUCUGUUUUUCAUCAGAUUUUUUGAAGAUCUUUUUAAUGGUGUAUUCUGUUACAAGGGGGCAGCGAUGUCAUAGAAAGCAGUUGUGCACUCUUUCAGAUCUAGUUGGUAAAUCCGAGAAUCAUAUAUAUUGACCUUCGUGUUAAUAGUUCAGUACGUGUUCUAUCAAGAUUGUCCAUGUUUCCUUGUUUCUUGAAAAGAUGGUGUAUAGAAACUAUUUCCCCUAAAUAUUUAUGGACCAAACAAGUUGUUAUAUCUUAUUAAAUAUGUGAAUAAAAAAAUACUUUGCUUUACAA